UUGUGUACAAAGUCCGCGUGCCAUCUCUCGUCCCAUAUAUUCGUGUAAGUUUUACGAAGUUCGCUUACUGUGUGAAACAAAGGAUAUAUAACUUCAUUUGCAGUCGUAUUUUGCCGAUCACAAAGAAUUGCGCGAAUGAUAGAGAAAAACGACUCAUUACUUAUACAUAUGUAAUACUUUGCUUCGCGAUAUCGUACAUUAUUACGUAACUCAUCGCGGCUCUUUCUUCACGCUAAAUUACUUUUUAAAAUUAUCUCUAAAGAAAUACACGAUAAAUUACGCGAAUAAGCGACUGAAUAUUCGACGAGAUAUUGUGACCGUCUGUCACAAUAUUUUCCCCUUCGGUAGUUUGAUGAUACAAAAUGUCUUUCUAUGACAAUCGCUACUAUUACAUCAAUAAAACGUUACUAUGUCUCAUCGGCCAAUGGCCGUUUCAAUCUCGACUAGAGGGUAACAUAAUGCUCGUCUUUACGUUGUUUUUCAUUUGCAGUUUGUCGGGCUUAGAGCUUUGGGGUUUGACAGCUGAGAUAAGGAAUCUGGACAUUAUCAUGGAGAAUGCUUCGGCAUUACUAAUAAACAGUAUUAUUAUCAUAAAAUUAAUCAACUGUAUAUAUAAUAAAAAUAAAAUGAAAGAUCUUUUGGGGCACAUAGAAGAGACCUGGAAAAGGACACAAACAGGACCGGAAAAUAAAAUAUUACAAAAUUAUGCGGAACACAGUAGAACAUUAGUAAUAAGAUAUACAUCUCUACUUUGUAUAUUGGCUUUUUUUUACUCCACUAUGCCCAUCAUCGUCAGUGGGCUGUAUUCGCUUUUACCUACGAACGAAACUUACACGGCCAGAUAUUUAUUUCGCUUAGAACACGUGUUCGAUGUGAACAAGUACUUCAACCUGUUGAUGCUUCAUGGAUUCGUCGGUGUUUUCUGCAUAGCGAUGGUGUGGGCAGCUGCUGAUGGUAUGUUCAUACUUUGCACGCAACAUGUCUGCGCAUUAUUUGAGGGUAUACGGUACAAUAUGGAGAGCAUACAAGACUCGAGUUUAGUAAUGAUCGAGCCGAAUAUAACAGACGAUGAAACUUAUCAUGUCAUAAUUGGUUGCAUUAAAUCGUACAAACACGCCUUAAAAUAUUCCGAGCUGCUUUCAUCCACCUACGCAACGUAUUUUCUUUUUCUGCUAGGAAAUGUUGUAAUAGCUGGAAGCUUUUCCGCGGCUGAGUUGAUAAUGAUGGAUAUUCAAUUGGAUCAAAUUAUUAGAAUCGUCUCUUGUAAUGUCGCAUUAUUGCUACACAUAUUUUAUCUAAGCCUGAUGUCUCAACAAAUAAUCGAUCAUAGCAACGAAUUUCAUAGAGUAAUUUACAGCUGCAAUUGGUACAAUAUUUCACUGAGAUCCAAAAAACUAUUGAGGUUCACGUUACUGCGAGCUUCUAAACCGUGCCAAAUAAAAGCUGGCAAAUUGUAUGUAAUGUCAAUGGAGAAUUUGAGCUCGAUUUUACAAGUUUCCAUGUCUUAUAUUGCGGUGCUCACGUCACUACAACAAUAA